AUGACGAUCACCUUACAGGAUGUCCAAAUUUUACUCGGGCUCAGAGUUGAUGGACCUGCAGUGGUGGGCCCAAAUGUUGUUGGGCAAGGACGUAUUUGGGCAACAUGGCCGAUUUGCUGUGACGAGUUACUUGGGACGCAUCCUGACAGGGAUACAGUAUACCACGCCCCAGAUGAGGAGGAAGAUGUUGCGACCUUUAGGAUGGGUUCAUCACAAGUUCUGGGAAAUGGAAGGAAGUCUUGGAUUAGCAGUUCAGAGUGGGCUGAAGAUAAGAUACGUGAACUUCCUGCAGGCAAUACAAUGACGUAUAAAGACGAAUUUGAUGGUUUGCGUAUGAGUCAGAUUAUCAUAACUCCAUAUACCCAAGAAGUUUUAGAUACUCUUUCAGUACAGUAUCAGGAAGGACAGGAGAUAUGGAGGGCACGAGUACCGCUUAUUAGUUGGAAACGAGCAGAGUGGCACCUCCCAAACCGGGUUGUAAGACAAUUUUCAGGUGUGCCAUCUACUGAUAUUGAACUCAUGGAUCAAUCAUUUAGGCGCAUUGAUGGCCGUGAUAGAGCAGAUCAAGAUUGGACUGUACAAUACCGUGACUACCUCCAGAUCUGGGAGGAGAGGAGGGCUUACAUGGUUCCCAUCACUCCACUAUUAGGGAACAGGCAAUCGAGAACUAGGAGCUUAUCUAUGGUGGUAUAG